UUUAGCUCAGUUCCAGGAAGUAAUGUGUCACAGCAAAGGCACGCAUGCAUUGCUUGUUGUCCUUCGAUCUGCAAUUGUAGUUAUCAGAUUUAUGAUUUCUAUUCGUCAUGUGGGUCUACCUGAUGGUUUUGUUGCUGCCAGCCUGCAGUGGUCGGGGAUUCAACUUUUUGGGCACGGUGGUGACUUUCUACCCGAAUGAGACCUCGGAUGACACGGUGGUCCUCCGCUACAAGUUGGCCUUUAAUGAGUGUGACAACAUCCGUGUUCAGGAAUGUCCUUUUGCCAACUGCUCGCUGACAGUAGUGUCGGUGGAAAGAGUGGACGAGGACAGUGGUGGUGAGUGGUGUCUGAGAGAGGUGGUGGUGCUGGUGAAUACCUCCUCCUCCAAACUCUUUGAGCUACGGCUGACCGGCGGCCAGUGGAUCAAUGUCACCAAUAGAGUUACAGACGUGCUGGCUGUAACCCACGUUGAUGUGAGGAAUAGGUCAUCCGUCAGCCGGCCCAACUCUUCCCCCGUGACCACCAUGCUGCCGAUACUCAGAGUCCCCUCCAAUUGCUCGAUGAAUUGGACGCUGUUGACCUUUGACCCUGAGGGAGACGCAGUGAGGUGCAGAUUUGAAGACAUCACAUCUGUUCUCGGACUUUCAUCAUCUUGUCGCUUGACCUUCAGUCCCAGCAACAACACCGUUGAAGGCGCUUAUGCCGUCCAGCUGUUGAUGGAGGACUUUCCUCGCCAAAACAUUACCGUGAUUAACGACAGGGAGGUUGAAGUUCUCAGGAAUCGCAUCAGUCAAAUUCCCAUCCAGUUUGUCCUGAUGGUGGUUCCUCCAGUGGCGUUCUGCGAUGCUUUCCAGCCCGUCGUCCUGAAUACUACUGCAGCAAACGGACAUUUUUUCUACGCCACCGUCAACAGCAGUGUGCGUUUACCAAUCUUUGCACAGUCAUUAGGUUUCUCCGAGCUGCUGUUCUGCGGCCCGUCCAGUAUGAACAAGAUGAUAACGGAGGAAGGAUUCGAGCUGUCCUGGAGGCCGUCUGACAGCGACGUAGGCAGAAGUCAUCCUGUCUGCUUCGUCAUUCAAAACACUGGCGAGUCAGAGAAUAACCUCCAGUCAGAGCUGCGUUGUGUUUAUGUGGUGGUUGAACGCGUUUUGGCUGUCCUUAAAGCCGGGCUCGUCUCCCAAGGCUCGCUGUCCAUGGAAUUCCUUCGAGAGGUCUUCUUACCACAGCUGACGACAAAGCUGGUGGAGCAAGGAUUGCCUCGUUCCUUCACACUGAGACUGGGAAACAUCACACUGGAGACAUAGCGACACCUGCUGGGCAUUAGGCACUGUUCACCAUGAAUUGAUUUACGUGGACCCCGACUUAUUGAAGUUGAAAAACUUAUUCAGGUGUUACCAUUUAGUAGUCAAUUGUACGGAAUAUGUACUGAAUUGUGCAAUCUACAAAUAAAAGUCUCAAUCAAUCAA